AUCUGGGGCAAGGUACAGCUUCUCUCCGAGUCUGGGAAUUAUGAGCCCUCAUGCCAAGCUUCGGACUACAUUUCCCAGAAGGCUCUACUCCCCGGGUUGUCGUAGUUUACCAGGGCGUGUCUUGGAGGCGAGGCCGCAGUCGGCGAGCACAGUUGGGGCUUCUCGUUGCUGCUGCGGCAGCCGCACCUGCCUCCGGGCGAGAUGGUUGGGGUCCUGCUCCUGCUCCUCCUUCUCCCCUUUCUCCUGUACAUCGCUGCACCCCAAAUCAGGAAGAUGCUGUCCAGCGGGGUUUGUACAUCAACCAUCCAGCUUCCUGGAAAAGUGGCUGUGGUCACUGGAGCCAACACAGGCAUCGGGAAGGAGACCGCCAAAGAGCUGGCUCGAAGAGGAGCCCGUGUGUAUUUAGCUUGCCGGGACGUGCAAAAGGGGGAAUUGGUGGCCAGAGAAAUCCAGAUGAUGACAGGGAACCAACAAGUCUUGGUGCGGAAACUGGACUUGGCUGAUACUAAAUCUAUUCGAGCCUUUGCUAAGCACUUCUUAGAAGAGGAAAAGCAUCUCCACAUUUUGAUCAACAACGCAGGAGUGAUGAUGUGUCCCUACUCCAAAACAGCAGAUGGCUUUGAGAUGCAUAUGGGAGUCAACCACUUAGGUCACUUCCUCCUGACCCAUCUGUUGCUAGAAAAGCUGGAGGAAUCAGCACCAUCGAGGGUGGUGAAUGUGUCUUCCUUAGCACAUCUCCUGGGAAGGAUCCACUUCCAUAACCUGCAGGGCGAGAAGUUCUACCAAUCAGGUCUGGCCUAUUGUCACAGCAAAUUAGCCAACAUUCUCUUCACCCAGGAACUGGCUCGGAGGCUAAAAGCAUCAGGCUCUGGUGUCACGGUGUACUCUGUGCACCCUGGCACAGUCAACUCUGAACUGGUUCGGCACUCAGCCCUCAUGAGAUGGAUCUGGUGGAUUUUCUCCUUCUUCAUCAAGACCCCACAGCAGGGAGCCCAGACCAGCCUAUACUGUGCCUUAACGGAGGGUCUAGAAGUUCUCAGCGGAAACCAUUUCAGUGACUGCCAUGUGGCAUGGGUCUCUGCACAGGCUCGUAAUGAGACGGUAGCAAGGCGGCUGUGGGAUGUCAGCUGUGACCUGCUGGGCAUCCCUGUGGACUGGCUGAUGAUGGCAGCUGGACCCAAGAGAAGCCUGAAGCAGACUAUUCAGCACACCCUGCCAAAAUGAUUCUCCUUCAGGAUGGCCAAAACCUUGAGCACAAAGCAAACCUUCCAACUUGCCUGCUUGAUGCCUGAUAAAAGCCCAGUGUGCACUGCCGGAUUCAUCCAAACACCUUGCAUUUGCAGGUUAUUUUGCUCCUAUUACUGCCCAUUACUAGAGAUAAUAUAGGCUAAGUAGACCCUCAGUUGACCUCCAAGCUCAUUUUUUCCUUCUGAAGCCUCUUACCCAGGGGAACCUAAGCUGUGGCAGGGGUUGAUUGAUGGCACUUUGGAUUAGUUUCUGUCCUCUUUGUCCACAGUGUAGUUCUUCCGAACCAAACUACCUUCAAGGGGAGGCAUGAUUUAGCCUCAGCUAAACUCCGGAGUCCCAGUGGCUUGGCUCAAGAGCAGGGUUUGUCCUUCUUCUCAUAAGAAAACCACCAUGGCACCAACAUCUGAAUUCUUUCAGCUCUUCACUGAAUCUGGAUUGUGGCAUGGCUUUAUCUUUGCCAUGCCUAGAUCACAGAACUUCCUUUUCUAAGAAGGUGGAGUUUACUGGAUGGCAGAGAUUUGCGGAAAGGCAGAAAUAAACAUCAAAUUUAAACUGUCAUUCAUUUUUCUGCUGUUUCUCAAAUCAGCAAGAAGCUAGUGGAAAAGGCAGUUUGAAAAGAUAGGCCACUUGACUUCACUUACUGACCCUAAUUCAUGGAGGCUUCCUCUUUGUGCCUUAGUUUCUCUUAGAAAACCAGAAGAGGAAGACUAUUUAAUGAUUGUCCCUGAGUAUAUCUUUGUGUGUGUUCUUGUGUUUUUAAGCAGUUGGGAGUAUUCAAAAUAGUCACAAAGGAACAGUAUUAAACUGGACCCUAGUGCAGAUAAAUAAUCAGAGACAGAGCAGACCUGUGUCAUUCAGUCUUUGAUACAAACAGGAAAUAAACUCUACCCAAGAAGCACAUGGGUAGCAGGGAAGAAGUCCAAAAAAGACAAGAAUCUUGGAAGGUAAUGCAUGCAAAGGCAAUGAAGGGGCUAGAAAAGGGUGUGUGUGUGUUUUUUUUUUUAAUGCACAGCUAAAGAUGGUAAAAUCCAGCCAUAGAAGAAUUGAGGGUGACUACCUUGUGUUCAAGCAUGAUAAGGCACUGUUUUAACAAGCUCCCGUCAAUCUAUGUGGCAGAAAAAGCAAAAACGGUCCCCCACCCCCUCUACUUCUUUAUUCAGCAAAAUUAUCUUAAGGACUGGUAUUGGUAAUUAUGGUCAUUUUAAAACUCUUUCAGGGCAUUUCCUUAUAUUACCAUGACAAGAUUAAAAUGUCUGCUGUAUAGUAUACUUGAAGAAUGUUUAUCCAAAGUAAUGGAAGUCUGAGAAAUUGGAACACAAACAUGUCCCAUCACUUGUUUGGAGUACAUUCUUUUAGUAGAGUUUGUGAUUUUCUUGGACUAAUUACAUGUUCACUUUGGUGGAGAAAAGAGUUAUAGGACCAUAGUCUUCUCAUAUUUGUAAAUAAUCUUUUGUUGAACUUGUUUUGACCAUUAAACUAUAUAUUUAGAUAUGGUCAUUUUAUGGAAAAAUUGGAAAACUUUUGAUAAUAGUACAGAACUGAAUUAAUAUUUUACUUAAUUUAUAUUGAACUGUCAAUGACAAAUAAAAAAUUUGAUGAUUUA